UCUUAUGUCCGUGCUCUUUCUCUCAAACACUAAUACCAAAUCAUUUGCUGAGUUGACUUUUUAUUUUUCAGUGAGAUAUCAAAUAUGGGAUUUCAUAGUCUCUUUUUGUGUACCAUUUUGAUACCAUUUAUCAGUUUUGGGACUAGUACUCAUGAAUCUCAGAACUUUACAAGCAGAUCCAAUGAUUUGAAAGCCUUAAAUGGUUUCUCUAGCUGCUUAGAAUCAACUAUUCUUGACUGGAACAGCUCUACCUCCCCUGAUUACUGCACUUGGUCUGGUGUCACAUGUGAUGCCUUGCCGCAUGUCGGCACAAGGGUGGUUCGCUUGGAACUCGGAAGCACUAGACUUAGUGGGAAGAUCUGUGAAUCCUUAGCAGGUUUGGACCAACUUAGAGUCUUGAACCUUUCCUAUAAUUUCUUCACUGCCUCUCUUCCAGAGAACUUGUUUCAUCUUCAAAACUUGGAGGUCAUGGACUUCAGCAAUAAUCAUUUUGAAGGUCCUGUGAGUACAGCCAUAUGUUCCUCUUUUAAUCGGCUAAGAGUAUUUAAAUUAUCUAAUAACUUCUUUUCUGGUGAGAUUCCAGAAAAUUUGGGUAAUUGUUCCUCUCUGCAGCAUUUGUCCAUUAAUGGAAAUGAUUUGUCAAGAAGCCUUCCAGAGAGCAUCUUUCAGCUACAAAACUUGAAUGAACUAUACCUGCAGAAUAAUAAGCUAUCUGGGACACUGAGUGAGGAAGUUGGUAAGCUUUCAAACCUAGUGGAAUUUGACAUCUCCAAUAAUGAUUUUUUUGGAUUUCUUCCUAAUAUCUUUGGAGGCCUCACAAGGCUUAAAGUUUUCAAUGUUGGUUCAAAUAGAUUCACUGGUCAGUUGCCUGCUUCGCUGGUGAAUUCUCCAUCUCUUGAAAGGCUUAUUUUGACAAACAACUCUUUGGGUGGUUCAAUUAAUUUGAAUUGCUCUGUGAUGAAAAAUCUAAUUACCAUUGGUCUUGGUUUAAAUCAAUUCCGUUGUCCAACCCCCGGUAGCCUAUCAAAUUGCUCAAAGUUGGAAGCAAUUAGUCUUGGUGGUGUCAAUUUCAGUUGUGAGAUUUCUGUUAAUUUCAAGAAUCUUCAGUCCCUAACACAACUCAGCCUUUCAAACGCCAACCAGCAUAAUUUGUCAGCAACACUAGAGGAUUUAAGUCACUGCAGGAACUUAAGUAUGCUAGGCCUUUCUAAGAACUUCCACAACGAAGAAAUGCCACAGGGUCAAAAUCUAGAAUUCAGCAAUCUCAAGGUUUUUGCACUGGGUAAUAGUCAGAUUAAAGGAUCAAUUCCAAAUUGGUUAAGUGGAUGCAAGAUGCUGCAGAUGCUGGAUUUGUCAUGGAAUCAUCUCACUGGCAGCAUACCCUCAUGGAUUGGGAAAUUUAACAACCUCUAUUACUUGGACUUGUCAAAUAACUCUUUCACCGGCAACAUACCACAGAGUUUGACAAUGUUCCUGAGCCUCCAGCACAAAAAUUCUUCAUUGGAAAGAACUCUUUCUGUCUUUCCCUUUGACUCCGUUGAGACUGGCACUUUAAGGAGGAUAAAGUACGAAAAAGUUUCAAGUUUCCGGCCAUCUUUACUGCUCUGUUACAACAAACUUGAAGGACCAAUAUGGGCAGGUUUUGGUAACCUGAAAGGCCUACAUGUUAUGGACCUAAAACACAAUAGCCUCUCAGGACCAAUUCCUUGGGAGUUAUCAGGCAUGACAAUGUUGGAGAUUUUGGAUUUGUCUCACAACAAACUCUCGGGAGAAAUACCACAAUCAUUAAUUGAAUUGAGUUUCUUAUCCUCAUUUGAUGUGUCUCAUAAUGAGUUGCAUGGGGAAAUUCCAACAAAGGGGCAGUUUGAUACCUUCCCAACUACAAGCUUUGAAGGAAACAAGGGUCUCUACCGUCACAGCACUUCAGGCUUUAUGCCUUCUCCGCCAGAUGAGACUCGUGCUCAGCCCCAUCACCAGAAGCUGGAGAUCAUAGGUUUUCCAUUUUGGUUUGGUGCUCUCGCUGGUUUCCUCAUAACCAUUGCCAUUUGCUUCGCUUCUGAUGGACAUCACCCUACCAAGUGCCACCAAGCAAACUAGAGUUGUGAAUUGAAUAUGGCUUUUAUGUAUUCAGAUGUGGUAGCUGUUAGUUGCGUAGCCAUGUACAAGGAGUUUGGGCAAGUGCGUGUGUAAUGCCAUCCUGAUAGAAAAAAUAAU